GCUAAUCGGGCGUUCAUUAAAACAAAUACAAUUCUUGAUUUCCAAGGACUUUCGGCGGACAGCUCCGCCAUGAAACCAGGGCUCCGGCCCACUCCGGCUGCAGUUCCGCGAUCUGCCGGCACCACCCUUCUCGGGAAGUACGGCUUAGGCCGUCUUCUCGGCCGUGGAAGCUUCGCCAAAGUCUACCAAGCAGUUUCCUUGGCCGAUAAUUCCAUCGUCGCCGUCAAAAUUAUCGACAAAUCCAAAACCGUCGGCGCAACCCUUGAACGAUGCAUAGUCCGGGAGAUCGCCGCCAUGCGCCGACUCGAUCACCACCCAAACAUUCUGAAAAUCCACGAAGUCAUGGCCACCAAGUCCAAAAUCUACCUGGUGGUGGAAUUCGCCGCCGGAGGCGAACUCUUGGCGAAAAUCUCCCGACGUGGACGUUUCACCGAAACCGUUGCUCGCCGAUACUUUCAACAACUCGUCUCGGCCCUGAAAUUCUGCCAUGAAAAUGGCGUUGUUCAUCGCGAUGUGAAACCGCAGAAUCUUUUGCUGGACGAACAGGGCAAUUUGAAAAUCUCCGAUUUUGGACUCUCUGCUUUACCCGAAAAACUCAAAGAUGAAUUGCUUCACACGGCUUGCGGAACUCCGGCAUACUCGGCGCCGGAGGUCAUGAUCCGACGCGGAAACAGAGGAUAUGACGGAGGAAAGGCGGACGCCUGGUCUUGUGGAGUGAUUUUAUUCGUAAUGCUUUCUGGGUUUCUCCCUUUCGAGGACAGGAACCUUGCGGCAAUGUACAAGAAGAUCCACCGACGAGAAUUUCAAAUCCCUAAAUGGAUAUCGAAACCGGUCCGAUUCUUAAUUUAUCACCUCCUCGAUCCGAAUCCCGAAACGAGGAUGAGCAUUGAGGCGCUAAUGCAAAACCCUUGGUUCAAGAAAUCGCUAGCACGGAAACAGAGUAACGAGAGCCUGAUGCAGUCGAUGAAGAAUUAUCGAUUGGGGAAAGAGAGGGGAAUAGGGGAAAUGAACGCGUUCGAUAUAAUUUCGAUGUCAUCGGGGUUGGAUUUAUCGGGGCUGUUUGAAACGACGGAGAAGAGGGCGGAGAGGAGGUUUACGUCGAGGGCGACGGUGAGGGAGGUGGAAGAGAGGGUGAGGGAGAUCGGCGGGGUGUUGGGGUAUGAGGUGGAGGCGGAGGCUGUGGCGAAGGGAGGGGCGAUCGGAAUGGGGAAGGGGAGGGUGGUGGUAGUGGUGGAAGUGGUGGAGAUGGCGGUGGCGCCGGUGACAUUGACGAUGGUUGAGGUGAGGGUGAUAAAAGGAGGGGAGGAAUUUGAAGAGCUCCAUUGGAGAUGCUUUGAAGCUAAACUUGAAGGAUUUGCUGUUCCAUGGCAGAUGAAAUGUAAUCUUUGAAUCACCCCUUUAAUUUUGUAAAGCUUUUUUUGAUCGUUGUUUUGUUAGUGUGUAAAUUGGUUCACACUCCAUAUUUAAACAAUCAUAUUAACCUAUAUUUCUUCCCAGAA